GCAUUGUCCCUAGGUCGAGGCCGCCGCCGGGGCGGGUCAACGAGAGAUACCGAGGACCGCGCUACCCAGGUGCCCACGCAGACGGUCACUCAAGCGCCUCUGGAUGAGCAUGCGGGGGAUAAGCCGGUCUCCCCCGCCCGGCGGCUCCGCUAUCUCGUGCCGGUAUUUCUCUUCGUCGCGCUGGCCGCCGCGCUCGGCGUCCAGUUGCUCACCGGCGAGCCCGGCAAGGUGCCAUCCGCGCUGAUCGACAAGCCGGUGCCGGAGUUCUCCCUCCCACCGGUUCAGGGGUUCGAGGAGGCGGGCGGGUUCGCGACCGCCGAUCUGGGGAAAGGCAAGAUCGCGCUCGUCAACAUCUUCGCCUCCUGGUGCGGCCCAUGCCGGGUCGAGCAUCCGCUGCUCAUGGCGCUCGCCGAGGCCGGGACGGUCCCCCUCUACGGCAUUAACUAUAAGGACACGCCGGACGACGCCGAGCGUUGGUUGGCCGCCUCGGCAAUCCCUACACGCUCAUGGGCGCCGACCUCGACGGCCGGACGGGAAUCGACUGGGGCGUCUACGGCGUGCCCGAGACCUUCGUGA